CUUCAAAACCAAAUCGACUCAUUCCCACCUCGUCCGUCAAGGCAACACAUUAUAUUAUCCGAAUAAACAGAAAAAAACGUAUAAACUUAUCAAAACGUAUAUUAAUAAGUGGAAAAUACCUAUUAUUUAGUGUUUAGAAGUACUCUAUUGCAGGGAAACAUCCUCAAGAUGGCGAACCAAGCAGCAAAACACCUUCCAAAAAUGGAGGCCGUGCGCCAACGACCCGAAAAGAUAAAAUUCAACUCUUCGGAGCCUCUAGACUGUAAGUAUACUGAUGAAGAAGAAAAGACGAUCAUGCUUCUGAAGCAGCUUUACAUGGAUACAAUCAAUUUGGACGUGGCCAUGCAACGCGACAUUUACAACAUGGAAAAGUUGUACGAGGAAAGGCACAACGCCAUCUUCCAGAAGCGCAAGGAGAUCCUAGAUGAAUUUCGAAAAAAAAAUCGUGGGGACUCUACGCCCAAUGAAUAUGUCAACUUCUUUUGGCUACGGGUCCUAAAGGCUUCAUAUACUGAGUUUAUUAGCAAGAAGGACGAAAAGAUUUUGGCGCACCUGUGUGAUAUUCGCCCUCGUCUUUACAAUGAUCCCGUCGUAAAGUUUGAUAUUGAGUUCUAUUUCGAACCCAACGAAUUCUUCACCAACAGAAUUUUGACCAAGACAUAUUAUCUCAACUGCAAUCCGGAUCCAGCAGAUCCGCUUACUUAUGACGGAGCUGAGAUAUUCAAGUGCGAAGGUUGCACCAUUAACUGGAGGUCAGAGAAAGAUCGCGAGAAGAAAAAUGAAAUGGAUCAGUCUUCAUUCUUUGACUUCUUCUCGCCGCCUGUUUUGCCGGAAAGUGUAGACGAUCCGAAUUACUGCGACAUAAAUGCUAUUUUGCAAAAUGAUUUCGAGCUUGGCUUUUAUCUAAAGGAGCGAGUCAUUCCCAAGGCUGUUAUCUUCUUCACCGGAGAAAUCGCAGAUUGUCAGAGCUCAAGCGAUUCGGAAUCUGAUAACGACGACACAGAAGAUUCCGACCACGCAUAUGAGGAAGAAGUGUCCUCAAACAGCACAGAGAAUGCACCCAUAUCCUAAAAAAUUGGCUACAAUUUUUUACAUACUUUCUACACUGGUUAACGCAAUUUGUAACACCGAUUCCCACACCAAACAUAUGAGCAAUUGAUUGGUCUGUCCUUACACACAAAUAGCUACCAAAUACACAUUUCAUUAGAUGUAUACCAUA